AUGAAGAGAAAUUUCGUUAAAUAUUAAAUUAUAUAUGGGCUUCAAAUCUUGCAUUGGAAAGGAAAAAACCCCCGCUAGUAAUUGGGUUCCACGGAUAACUAUACACCCAGAGAAAAAUUUUAUUUUAAUCAAAUAUAUUUUAUUUAAGUUGAAUAAACGUAUACAUGUCUCAGAGCCAACUAGAUUAUUUAUUAGAUUUGAAUAAAUAUUUUAUUCGACAUAAAUAAAACUUUUAUUUCAAAGAAAUUUGCUGUAAAUAAAGAGCGAAUCGAGCGUUUUGUGUGUAGCGCUUCAAACCGUAAUUUCAAUGGGAAUUCAAGAUUAAGAUUUUUUAAACUAUUAAAUAAAUGUACUUAAAUAAUUGCUAAAAAUAAAAAUUGUUUUCAGGUUUUUGUUCAGGAAUAGGCUGAGGUUUGACCAGGUUGAGUGAUUAGUCGAAAAAAAAGUAGUAAGAAUAAAAUUAGUUUUCUCGAGAAAAAGUGAUUCAUUCGUAGAAUUUGUGGACAAAAAAAUGAAAACGAAAAACUGUAAAUUUCAAAAAUUGCAAAAAGUUAUUUUCGUUUUGUUGUAUCUUGUUAGAAAAAUUCGAAUUCAUCGGAUUCUAAUUGUGAGAUCAACGGUAACAAAUGAAAUAUUAUCGGUUUCGUAAUAAACAUGUGUGUCUCGAAUUUGUGGGGGUUUCGCAAUAUCAUCGGAACCUGAAUGUUUUCCGCAAGGGUAUCUUGAUCACUUUUAAAUUAAAGAAACUAAAUGAAUGUUCACGUAUGUCCCUAAAGUUCUGAACGUUCAAAUGAACAAAUUUGAAAAAAAAUUCUAUUUUAAAUUCAUAUUUUAUUAUAAAACAUUUCUUCACGCAUCAAAAAGUUAAUUGUCAAACACAAUAAAUGGUUAAUUUACUUUUAAUUUAAAAUAACAGUAGUAAUAUUUGAAAAUAAUUAGAUCAAAAAAAUAUUUUGUUCAUAUGAACGUUCAAAACUUUUGGAUCAUGUUCACUUAAAGAAGCGUCUACGAUGAAUGGCAAUAAACUAUGAAAUAUAAACAAAAUCCUAACGCUUCAGAAAAAGCAUAAAAGGGUUCUCGUCUUUACUUACACGGAGGACAGGAUUCAUUGCUUUUUUGUUUUAUUUUAAAUUUUCCUGUCUUCUUUUGUUACCUAAUUUUUUGUGCGGUACCGUAUAUUGUAUGAUUUAUUAAUUGUCUAAAAUUCUACCAGUAGAUGAAAUACGACAGGAGAAAUGGAUAAUGGGACUAUGAAAUUUCGCAUCUUCAAGGAUCACAUUUUCGAGAAUUACAGAUAUUUCCACAACAAAACAAGGAGUGAUGGUACAAAGUAUUAUGAAUGUAUUCUCCUCAAAAGCGGAAUGUGCAAAACUCGCGGAGUAGAAAAGAACGGAGUUUUUACGUUCAAACCAGAGCACACUCACGAAUCGAAUAUUAACGAAAAUAAAGAAAGAAAAUUUAAGCAAGAGCUGUGUGUUAAAUCGGUUAAAACUGACAACUACUUCAAGGAUAUUUAUAAUGUUACCCGUCUAAAACACCCUGAAGCAGCUAUACGCAUUCCAUUCGCAAAAUGCGAAAAUUUAAUGUACAAAUGGAGAACAACAACUUGGCCUAGGAAGCCAGACUCAUUGAGAGAAUACGCCCUUAUUGUGAAUUCUGGAGAAAACGAAGAGUGGAGACAGUACAAUGGCGGAGUUUUCACAUUCUCUCACGUAACUGAUGUUGUUGGUUCCAAUUCAGUAAUCAUAAUGGAUGUGCAAUUUGCUAGGAAAAUUAUUGAAGGAAAUGUUAUGAACAUUGACGGGACUUUUAAAAUUAUACCCAAACGCAUGAACAUAAUGCAAUUUGUCACAUUGAUGAUAACUAGAUUCAAUCACGGUUUCGCCUUGGCAUAUGUUCUGAUGGAAAACAGAACUCAAACAGCGUACACUUCAGUACUGAAUGAAAUCAAGAGAAUCCUUCCAGAACUUAAUGCUACAACGAUCAUGACCGACUUUGAAAGGCCUUUGCAAAACAGUUCGCAAGAAUGCUUUCCAAAUAGUAGACAUUAUGCUUGCUACGUUCAUUACACACAGGCAAACUAUCGGAAGGCUGUAAAAAAAUUCGGUUUAAAAACUUAUUUAAAGCAUAACCAAGAAGGCAUUCACCUCAUGCGCCAAAUUAUGACAUUAGCGUUACUUCCACCCGGAGUUAUUGAGCAAACGUAUAGGUCCAUUAAACGCUCGUAAAGUGCAGAAUGCUUAAGAACAAUGAAAGGAUUUUUGGAAUACUACGAAAACCAAUGGUUACGAUUCACGACUCCAGAAGUCUUUAGCGUGUACGGUUUAGCGAACCGAACCAACAACACAAUCGAAUCAUACCACAUGACAUUAAAAAGACACUUUGGAAUUCAUCCCAGCAUUUGGCCAUUCACGAAAAAAUUACUCAACUACCAAGCGGGAUUAUUUUUGGAUUUUCAGACCUUAGAGAGAGGAAACGAAAUAACCAGAAGUCCUAAAGCAAUAACGAUCAUGAGAGACCAAAUAAUUGUGAAUGGUUGGUUAGAAAUUCAUGACGGUCACAAAACACCAUUGGAGUUUUUAAACGCAUACAUUGCAUUUAAUCAGCAACCGUUGGAGCGAUACUUGGAUGCUUUUGGAAUAUAAAGACAAAUAAAAUUGAAUUUUAUUUUAAUCACCUAUAUUUUCAAAAAAUUGUAAUGUACGAGAUUUUUUA